AUGGGAAUCAUACGAAGACUACCAGAAGAUGUCGUCAAUCGGAUAGCUGCAGGCGAGGUCGUGGUUCGGCCUGCAAAUGCGAUAAAAGAGCUAAUAGAGAAUAGCUUGGAUGCUGGUGCAACUGAAAUUGUCGUCACAGUGAGAGAUGGUGGACUAACUUUGUUACAAGUUCAGGAUAACGGAAAAGGCAUCCAGAAGGAUGACCUCGACAUUGUCUGUGAGCGUUUUACAACUUCAAAAUUAUCUAAAUUCGAGGACCUCCAAUCAAUGAAGACGUACGGCUUCCGUGGUGAAGCUUUGUCAUCGAUAAGUCAUGUGGCGAAGGUAUUUAGAUUGGAGUUGUAA